ACGAUAAUUUUUUUAAACAAACUUUAAUUAAGUUUAGCAAAUAUUUAAGUACUCAUAUUCAACAUUUCACACGUUUUGAAUUUAAAUACGUCACACUCUCGACAAUCGACACCUUUCAUCACGCAAACGCCAGAUAGAUAUCAGCCCUGCAGUCUACGCUACUCCGUAUUACGAACAAAAUCGAGGAAAGGGGUUCGUCUGACUUCUUCGAGGGUACAGAUCUUCCAUUCGACAAUGAAAAUGCAGGGAACGAGUUUCGCUAGCUUGAAAAAGCAUCCAGCUCUGAUCCCGCUGUACUUCUGUAUAGGAUUAGGAGGUGCCGGAGCGGUGUUAUAUACGUUACGUCUGGCGCUUCGCAAUCCUGACGUCUCCUGGGCGAAUAAGAAGGAGGCGGAGCCGUGGAACUACUACAAAGAGAAACAAUAUAAGUUUUACGCUCCGCAAACGGAUUACAAAAAUAUGAAAAGCCCAGCACCUGAAUAUUGAGCUGCGACAUGUAAACUAGUAUUUGUUGUAGGAAUAAAUUGUUGUAAAAUACUA